AUGCCUCACUACCAAUUCAUCUCCCUGGCCACCAAGCCCUCCGCUCAGCUCAGCUACAGCUUCCACCCCGCCGCGGACACCGUCAAGAAACCCGCUCUAGUCGUCUUCGUCAACGGCCUCGGACUCCCGCAGACCUCCUGGGAGGGCGUCAUCGCGCACCUGCAGGCCCAGCCCCCGGCCGUCGGCCUGCCAACGAUGCUGACCUACGACCGGUACGGCCAGGGCCAAACCACCGACCGCGACCCUAACGACAGCACCGCCGAGGACCCCACCCACGGGCACGACACCUUGACCGUGGUUCAUGACUUGCACCAGCUCCUCACGCAAAUCGCCACGGAGAAGAUGGGCGUCUCCAACCUCAGCGAACUACCGCUCAUCCUGGUAUCGAACUCGAUCGGCGGCGCGCUCGUCCGCCUCUAUGCACAGCAGUACCCCGGCACCGUCGCCGGGCUCUUAUUCCUGGACAGCGUGCUCGCCAACUCCGACUUUGUGUCCAUCUACCCGGACCCAGACGCGGCCGGGUUCGACCCGCGCAGCUUGCCGGACGGGGUGGACGCGGAUGCGAUCCGCGCCGCACGAGCCUACAUGCAAAAGGUCUUCCAUCCCAGCAACGGCAGCCGCGAGGGCCUCAGCCGACGCAAUCUGGCGCAGCUGUUGCCGGACAGCGACGGGCCCGGAUUGCUGGGCCCGGACGGUCGCGGGCCCUGGGUGACGGUGGUGGGCCACGAGUUCGAGGCGUUUCAGGUCGAGUUCGAGAAGAUGGGCGGGGCGCCGCCUCGGCUCACGGAGGUGUACAUGAACCCCUACUGGCAUCGGUUUAAUGAGGGGUUGGCGAGGCUGACCGACGCGGAGCGGAGCAAGGGCCCGCUCCAGGCGCCGGGCGCCGGGCACUUUGUGCAGCAGGAUAAUCCGGGGUAUGUUGCUGACGAACUGCGGGAAAUGCUUGACAAAGCCCUUUGA